AUGGAGAAUGAAGUCACCGAGAUUGCACCAUCCCUUCAGCAGGCAAUUCCCGGCUGCGGAUUCCGCCCAACCGAGGAGGAAUUACUAAUCAAUUACUUGACGUCAGAAGCACCCGGAUGGAGAGGAAGUUCCUGCAUUGUUCCGACACUAGAUGACAUCUAUCAGUGGAAUCCAUGGGAUUUACCAGCCAAGUUCCAAGAGAAAUCAGAAAUUUCAUCCGCAGAUCAACAAUGGUGGUUCAUAUGGCCCCAGAUGCAGAACCAACGGAUUAGCAGAAAAACCCUUAGUGGUUUCUCCUGGAAGAUCACUGGUAAACAUAAAGACAUUAAGGCUAGAAACGGAGGCGGAAAGAUCGGUUCCAAGAUAACAUUAGUCUUCCUUGAUGGCCGGAAUUCCAAGGGCGCUAAAUCCAACUGGGUCAUGCAUGAGUUACAUCCACAUCCGGACAAUACGGGUUUCGUGCUUUGUUGGCUAAAGAGGAAGCAAGAUGAGAAAGCAGAUAACCAAGAACCAUCUAUCCAGGUAGCGGGGAACCAAUCAAACGAUUCAGCUACGGCAAAGAAUGAAGACAUUCCAUCGAUACCACAAUUUCAGUGUCCUGAAGUUGUUAUUACAGAGUUAUCUAAAAAAGUUUACAGCAAGAGCGAUGGAUCAUGUCAGAAUGGAACAAAAUCACUAGCCCCGAUACAUGAAGACAAUCACCACUUCUCACCUGAUCAGGAGCAUAUCAUGUGGACUAAAUAUUCCUCUAAUACAGCAAAUUCAUCAGGAAGUUUCCUUGCUGUAUCUGAACCUAGUAAUGACGACAUAAAUUUCCCACAUCCUUUUCUUAAUGUUGAUGUCUGCAGUGCAUUUGAAGCUGAAGAAGAUUAUACAAAUCAGCCGAAAGCCGAGAUGUCAGGAACUUCAAAAUUUAUUGGUGAACAAGCAGAUAAGGGCUGGGUUACUGCGGAUUGUGAGAACUCAGAACAACUUCCUUUUGCAGAGAACCCUGGAUGUCGUACUGCUGUAACUAAAGAAUGGAGCUGGAUCGAGCCCUGGAUGUCCCCUCGUGAUCGUGAUUCAUUCCCUAACGGCGAGUUUUUCGAUCUUGGUAGCCUGAUCAGUGAACCUGAAGCAGAAAUAGGAGAAAUUCAGGUGAGUAUUCGUCGCAUAUGUAUCUCGAUUCUUGAACUCAAGCAUUUUCUUCAAGAAGUCCAGAGAUUGUGA